CACCGACUUCGCUAAAACAAUUUCCCCGCCCUCUCGUACUGAUAAACCCUAUAAGCCACUUCCGUCACUUUUUGCUUCACCGUCCGUCGCCCAGCUCGCCUAAACCUUUCCCGCCGUCCCGUCGCCGGCUCGCCGUCCUCUAUCCUAUCUUCUCGUCGCCCCUUUCCCCUCACUCCCGUCGGGAAAAUAGUCGCCGCUGUGUCCAAAUCGCGAAGUCAAAGCAACGGCAAAAGCCCUCCUUCCCCGCAGUUCAACAUCCACCUCUCGACCAACAGAUCUGAAACAUGGAUGAUAAUCUAUACGACGAGUUCGGGAACUACAUUGGACCAGAAAUCGAGUCUGAUCACGAUAGUGACGAGGAAGAACAAGACGAUGACCUUUCGGACAAGGCUCAGGAGGACGAUGCUGCAUCCGAUGAUGAGGAGGGAGCUCAUGGGUCCAAUGGAUGGCUUACAGCAUCUGGUGAUGUUGAUAUGGAGAACCAGAUUGUUCUUGCUGAGGACAAGAAGUACUACCCUACAGCGGAAGAGGUUUAUGGUGAAGAUGUGGAAACUCUGGUGAUGGAUGAGGAUGAGCUUUCGCUGGAGCAACCGAUCAUUAAACCUGUUAGGAACAUCAAGUUUGAGGUUGGGGUUAAGGACUCGUCGACUUAUGUGUCUAGCCAGUUUCUUGUUGGUCUGAUGUCGAACCCAACGCUUGUUCGUAAUGUGGCUCUUGUGGGCCAUGUGCAUCAUGGAAAGACGCUUUUCAUGGAUAUGCUGGUUGAGCAGACCCAUCAUAUAUCGACUUUUGAUACGAAGAGCGAGAAGCAUAUGAGAUACACGGAUACGAGGGUUGACGAGCAAGAAAGGAGAAUAUCCAUCAAGGCUGUCCCGAUGUCGUUGGUUCUGGAGGAUAGCAAUUCUAAAUCUUACCUUUGCAACGUAAUGGACACUCCUGGUCAUGUCAACUUCUCUGAUGAGAUGACUGCUGCACUCAGGCUUGCUGAUGGUGUCGUGUUGGUUGUGGAUGCUGCUGAGGGAGUGAUGGUAAAUACAGAGAGAGCGAUACGUCAUGCGAUCCAGGACCGACUGCCAAUUGUAGUCGUCAUCAACAAGGUGGACAGGCUGAUAACAGAACUGAAGUUGCCUCCUAAGGAUGCUUACCACAAGUUAAGGCAUACCAUAGAGGUCAUCAACAACCAUAUCUCUGCUGUCUCUUCAACUGCAGGGAAGAGCACUGUUAUUGAUCCUACUGCUGGGAAUGUUUGCUUUGCUAGUGCUACUGCUGGAUGGUCAUUCACUUUGCAAUCAUUUGCUCGACUCUAUCUCAAACUCCAUGGUAUCCCAUUCGACACCAGUAAGUUUGCAGCUCGCCUAUGGGGGGAUAAGUACUAUCAUCCACAGUCAAGGACUUUCCAGAAGAUACCCCCUGAGGGUGGAGGAGAUAGAUCCUUCGUUCAGUUUAUACUGGAACCUCUCUACAAACUAUAUAGCCAAGUGGUUGGAGAACACAAGAAGAGUGUGGAAACUACUCUUGCAGAGCUUGGUGUAACUCUUCCCAAUGCUGCCUAUAGAUUGAAUGUUAGGCCCUUGUUGAGGUUGGCUUGUAGCAGGGUUUUUGGCUCAGCUUCAGGUUUCACUGAUAUGUUGGUUCAACACAUUCCCUCUGCUAAGGAUGCGGCCAGUCGGAAGGUUGAUCACACAUACACAGGGCCAAAAGACUCUAUGCUUUACAAGGCAAUGAAAGAAUGUGAUCCCUCAGGCCCCUUGAUGAUCAAUGUCACAAAAUUGUACCCCAAGCCUGAUUGCAGUUCCUUUGAUGCUUUUGGUAGAGUCUAUAGCGGUAAAAUUAUGACAGGGCAGUCUGUGAAAGUAUUGGGGGAAGGUUAUUCGCCAGAGGAUGAGGAAGAUAUGACAGUGAAAGAAGUUACAAAACUGUGGGUGUAUCAGGCACGGUAUAGAUUGCCUAUAAGCAUGGCUCCACCUGGCUCUUGGGUUCUUAUUGAAGGUGUAGAUGCAUCCAUCAUGAAAACAGCUACACUGUGCAAUGUUAAUUAUGAUGAUGAAGAUGUGUUCAUUUUCCGCCCACUACAGUUCAAUACUCUUCCUGUAGUGAAGACUGCUACUGAGCCUUUGAAUCCAAGUGAGUUGCCAAAAAUGGUGGAGGGUCUUAGGAAGAUCAGCAAAAGCUAUCCUCUUGCCAUAACUAAAGUUGAGGAGUCUGGGGAGCACACUAUUCUUGGCACAGGAGAAUUAUAUCUGGAUUCAAUUAUGAAAGAUCUUAGGGAGCUCUAUUCUGAAGUAGAAGUCAAGGUAGCAGAUCCUGUGGUGUCUUUCUGUGAAACUGUGGUAGAAUCUUCUUCAAUGAAGUGUUUUGCUGAAACACCCAACAAGAAAAACAAAAUUACAAUGAUUGCCGAGCCCUUGGAGAAAGGUCUUGCAGAAAACAUUGAAAACGGUGUUGUGAGCCUUGAUUGGAACAGGAAAGCUAUCGGUGAAUUUUUUAAGGGGUAUGAUUGGGAUGUGCUUGCUGCUCGAUCUAUCUGGGCAUUUGGUCCUGAUAAGCAGGGACCUAACAUUUUAUUAGAUGAUACUCUUCCUACUGAAGUUGACAAGGGAUUGCUUAGUGCUGUUAAGGAUUCUAUUGUUCAAGGGUUUCAGUGGGGUGCACGAGAAGGACCACUUUGUGAUGAGCCAAUCAGGAAUGUAAAAUUCAAAAUCGUUGAUGCGAGAAUUGCACCUGAACCGUUGCAUCGCGGGUCGGGUCAGAUUAUUCCCACAGCUAGGCGUGUGGCAUAUUCAUCGUUUCUUAUGGCAACUCCUAGGUUGAUGGAACCUGUGUAUUACUGCGAGAUCCAGACACCAGUUGACUGUCUAUCAGCAAUCUAUACCGUGUUGUCACGUAGACGUGGACAUGUAACAGCAGAUGUUCCUCAGCCUGGAACUCCCGCUUAUAUUGUUAAGGCGUUUUUACCGGUGAUAGAGUCAUUUGGGUUUGAGACGGACUUGAGGUACCACACUCAGGGACAAGCAUUCUGCCUGAGUGUGUUUGAUCAUUGGGCUAUAGUACCUGGGGAUCCGCUGGACAAGAGCAUAGUUCUAAGGCCACUUGAGCCCGCCCCAAUCCAGCAUCUUGCUCGUGAAUUCAUGGUCAAGACCAGACGUCGAAAGGGAAUGAGCGAAGAUGUGAGCAUCAACAAGUUCUUCGACGAGGCUAUGAUGGUAGAGCUGGCUCAGCAAGCUGCUGACAUUCACCAAAUGAUGUGAUCGAUGAUUGCUCCGGAACGAAAAAAGAAGAUGCAAAUCCCAGCCCUGUAGUUGCUUGCUGUCUUGUGUCGUAGCUUAGCUAGAGAUGGUAUCACAGUGUACCUAUCUAUCCAUCUUCGGUUCCUCUUUGUUGUAGUUAGCUGCUUCGAAACAUGAAGAGCAAAGUGAAGAGUAUCUGUCUCCUUCAACCACAGUAGGCUCACCAACAUGAGAUCAGAGUGUGUAUAAAUCUUGCCAACUGUAUUGCUCCUGCCUCCUAGUCCUCCUCUAGGUUUGAGAAGAGGAUGCUGAUUUUGGUAGUGUGUUAAUUCGACUCAGAUGCGAACAUUGUACUGUAGUAAGCGGAGAACGAAAUCAGAAAUGGAGACCAACACUAUGUAAGAAACUGAAUCCACGUCUCUUAAACCGUACUUCUAGUCUGUUUGGGUUGUGUGGUGUUAGCUCGAACAGCCCGUUGGUUAAAAUUGCGCGAAAUGUUCUAUCUAGUUUGAUUGUGUCUCGUAUUCUGAAUUGUUAUUAUCGAUGUCUCGUGGUUG